CUUGUGCCGGUGUCCGUCCCAGGAGUGCACGUAGCCUUAUAUUCAGUGUCUUGACAUGUCGACGCAAAUAUAAACCAGUCUCAUCUAGACUUACAUCAAGUCAAUGUAUGAAUUGUGUGGCCAUAGUCAAUGUGACGUCUUUCCGUAUCCAGUGACCUGGAUAUGGUUACAAAGUGCGACGAUCUAGGCAGGUGACAGGAGCUGGGUGGUUAUUGGAGGCUAAGGUUUACAACAAAAUCCCGAUCGUCACAAGAAGUCACGAGAACAUCGGGUGACACUUGAUGUCGGCUGAGUUGCCUACUUGCACACUAAAAAGACUGUCUAUAAUCAUGUAAAAUAAAAUAUAUAAAAUGAUUUAACUACCAUUUUAAAUGUUUUUCGUUCGGCGUCGAUCUAUUCAUAAAGCCAUAUUCCAAUGCCAUUCAACAAAAUCGCCACGUCACGUUUGUCAUCUUCAGGUCGAAAAGUAGAUACAUUUUUUUUUAACUGACUACUUAUCGUGUCAGCCGAACAAGCGGUGCUGAUAAGGCGCUUUAUAGACUACUCUUCAUGUAUCAAGAUGCCAAAGCGUGUCCUCUUGACCACACUACACCGCUGUAGCUGUAGUUCUCAUCCUAACUUCAUCGCAUUGCACCUCCCCUGCUCCUCCAACACGCACGGUCUACAGAAAGACUUCUCCAGAUGCACGCAUAGACGGGUCAGUGCCCAACCUGGAUAAACCACUCUAAGAAUACUAUUUGUUUGAGGUGGACCACCAAGUUCCUCUGAAGUCUUCACAAUAUCUGCUACCGCUCCCUCCCUCACCUGUAGCAGGACAUGACCGAGAUUGGGUAGCACCACACGUGACGGAUAUAUCGAGCUGCGGCAAUUCCUUCUUUGGAGUGUUGCAGCAUUCAGCGAGGACUCUCCACAGACUGGAACUCAAUUGCUGCUACAACACCAGCUGUUGGGGGACAUCAGAGGCGGUUAGACAGCGGUCACAUGAAGUCUGGCAGCUAAGCAGACGAUCAGAAAACAGCGAGCGACUCUGUCGUCCGUCGACUUCUCAAGAAAAUAACUGCAAAAGCUUCUUUGGCAGCAAUGUUUUGUCCAAAUGGAACAGAAUGGACACAAGUAUGGGUGGAGAAUGGUAUCAACCGCUGCUUUUUUGACUCGGUGUCUGCCAUUGUGAUAUUUCUUGUUGUCGUAUGUUUUGGUUCAUCGCGAUGUGCUGUUUUCUGGCACCGGGGCAUGUCACUGAGUCCCGAGGCCCGUAAAGAGAAGGCAGCACUUUAUAACAUGCAGACAGCUUUGACAGUGAUACUGAUUGUGGAGGUUAUUAUAGAGAUGAUCCUCCACGAUCUCUACUUCGAGGCAGGAGGUCUGAGUGGUUACCGAGUACUGGCAACACUGAUACUCAUCAUAGCUUAUGUGUUUUCACUGUGCUUACUGAGACUGGAGAAGAACAACAUCCUUGAACAACUCCCUGACAGAUGUAAAAGCGUUCCUCUCUUCCUCUUCUGGUCUGUGGGUCUAAUCCAGGGAAGUCUGGCUUUGGCUUCUUGGUGGAGUCCACAGUGGUGGUGGCAAUUGAGCAAAACGAGCCAGUGGGUGCAAUUUGGACUCUGGCUUCUACGUUUCAUAGUUUUUUUGAUGCUAUUAGUCCUUGGCAUCAUAAGUACAGCAAGAUACCAAAGACGCAGAUCAACAGCUUUUGGGCAACAGUUUAACAUCCUCACAAACGUCAUGGAAAAUGGUGAAGCAAACCAUCAGGAAAACCAGACUGUAGUGAAGAAUGGCACCAGAAGAACGGAGAACACAGGAGACAGAGGGCGAGGCGUUCUGAGAGACGGCAAGAUAGAUAACACAGACACCAAAUCAACAUGGGCCAACAUUGGACACAAGAUCAAACUCAUGAUACCCUUAGUUUGGCCAAAGGGAAGCCUAUUUCUGCAGACAAUUGUUGUUAUUUGUCUUGGCCUGCUGGUCUGUGGCCGAAUAGUCAACCUCUAUGUUCCCCUUUACAACAGGGACAUAGUUAACAGUCUCACAGGAUCUGGAACCCUAACAUAUCGUUGGGACAUCAUCCUCAUCUACUGUUCACUUCUCUUUCUCCGAGGAGCUGGUGGACAAGGUGGAGGAGUCUUGGGCCAGAUGCAGUCUCAGAUUUGGCUAGCUGUCACCCAGUACUGUAGCAGACGUAUGGAGGUGGAAGUCUUUACUCACUUGCAUAGGCUUUCUUUACGAUGGCACUUGUCGCGAAAGACUGGAGCAGUCCUACGGAUAGUUGACCGGGGCACCAGUAGCAUGAACAGUCUAUUGACACUGACCCUCUUCUCAAUCCUUCCAACAGUGGCAGAUGUCAUAAUAGCCAUUGUUUACUUUGUGACUGCAUUCAGCUAUUUGUUUGGCCUCAUUGUCUUGUUUUGUGCCACACUUUUUGUAGUUCUGACCUUCAAUAUGAUGGAAUACCGAACAAAGUUUAGAAGAGAAAUGAACAGACUGGACAAUGAAACCAAUGCCAGGGCAGUGGACUCACUCCUCAACUUUGAAACGGUGAAAUACUAUGGAGCGACCAAGUUUGAGAUAAACAAAUAUCAGGAAAACAUCGUGGCAUAUCAGAAAGCAGAAUGGACAUCACAAGUGAUGGUGACAGUGUGGCAGGCCUGCCAGAAUGUUGUGACUACAUCUGGCUAUAUUGCUGGCUUCAUGCUUUGUGCCUGGGCCGUGGUCAGUGGUGUUGGAACUCUUCACCUCACUGUUGGUGACUAUGUCCUGUUUGGCUCUUACCUGUCCCAGCUGUUUGGACCAUUGAGCACCCUAGGUGCCUACUACAGACAGAUGCAGCAAAGUUUCACAGACAUGGAAAAUAUGUUCGAUCUUCUUGAUAUUGAGCCAGAAGUAAAAGAUGUCCCAGGUGCAAAGGACCUUGUCCUGUCCCAAGGAAAGAUUGAAUUUCACAAUGUGUGUUUUUCAUAUGAACCAAGUCGACCCAUAUUGAAAAAUAUAUCCUUUACAGUUCAGCCUGGACAGACUCUUGCACUGGUUGGACACACAGGGAGUGGAAAAAGUACAAUAGUUCGUCUUGUGUUUCGCUUUUAUGAUGUGACCAGUGGUGAGAUUAAAAUUGAUGACCAGAAUGUGGCACAGGUUACACAAGAAUCGCUCCGUAGCAACAUUGGAGUUGUUCCCCAGGACACUGUUCUUUUCAACAGAGACAUAAGGUACAACAUAAGCUAUGGUAAAACAUCUGCAACAGAAUCAGAAAUCUGGGAUUCAGCCAGAGGAGCUGAAAUGCAUGAACGCAUCAUAACCUUUCCAGACAAGUACGACACUGUGGUUGGAGAGCGUGGACUCAAGCUUAGCGGAGGAGAAAAGCAGCGUGUUGCUAUUGCACGGACACUUCUGAAGGCUCCAGCCAUUAUUCUACUGGAUGAGGCAACAUCAGCACUAGACACUACAACAGAGCGAAACAUUCAGGCAUCACUGACACGCAUGUGCCAGAAUCGCACCACAAUCAUCAUUGCUCAUCGUUUGUCCACAAUCAUUCAUGCCGAUCAGAUCCUUGUUCUCCAGGAAGGGGAGAUAAUUGAACGUGGCACGCAUGAAGAGCUUCUAGCCCAAAAUGGACGCUAUGCCAGUAUGUGGCAACAACAGCUUACAAAAUCUGACUCCACUGAUUUGAUUGAUCUGUCUAGCUAGAAUUGAGAUGGACUUUACACACAUACUUGUAACCAUAAUGAAGUGAAACACCCAGCUUAUACCACACAGACUGCCAUCAUUUUGUUAGUGAACUGCUUUCUUGUGAUUUUGAUGAGUCAUACCUUUAAAUUCAUUCACUGUAUUGUUAUCCAGAAACAUGUAACAAAGUGAACCAUACUUCACUAGUCAAAUCACCUCUCUAUUUCAUCUACACCCAUUAGCUUUGUUUAUUGACUGUUAUUUCAUUUUCUGCCUCUCUAAUUACACUGCUUUUUAAGUAUAAUGAGAGCAGAUAUACCAAGUCAUGUGACCUUUAUAAAACAGGCUACAAGUGCACAUAUCUGCACUUUAGUUGUUUCUUGAGAUAUUUGUUUAUAAGAGGCAACUAAACUUGAGGAUUGCUACAGAUACAGUGAUGUAAUAGAAGCACUUUUUUAUAUCAGCGUUAAAGCAUUUCUGUAUCAGCAUCUUGAUGUCAAAAUGUCUUUUGUCUAUACUGUGUAAUAUUUUUAUUUUUAGCUUAUGGUCUUAGAAGAAACACCAAAAUCUUGUGUUAUUGUCAGGCAAAUGUCAGGGUUACAAUUAAGAACUUAAAGAAUUUCAGCAGUAUGUGCUUAGAUGAAUUUGAACGGUACACCUUUAUUUAGAUGUUAGAGCUGUGUGGAUCUUGAUAGUCUGUGCAGGAAGACUGUGCUGUUUGAUCGGUCAGGUGCUGAAGCACAGUUUCAAGAAGUUCAGAACCUGCAAGUAACAGAAAGCUGUUUUCUCCAUUCAUA